AUGAUCAAAGGGAAUACAGUUUCUGGAGCACAAAAAACUGUUACAUGUACCAAAUGUAACAACAAAGGACACAAUGCCAGGACUUGCAAAGGGCAGUUACCAACUGUUGGGAAGAAGGGAAAAAAGAACAAUGAGAAAGGAAAAGAGAAGGAGAAAGGAAAAGAGAAGGAUAAUGGAAAAGAGAAUGAGAAAGGAAAACAAAAGAAGAAAGGAAAAGAGAAGGAUCCAUUCUCCACACUUUCAUUUUACCAUAAUCAAUUUUGUGGAUCUUCAAUCUUCACGAGCAAAAGAAAUGGAGUAGAAGAGGAGAACUGGAAGCACGGAUUGAGAAAAGAAGGAAGGAGAAGUAGUUUUAAGUCCGUUGUAGGGUUGAAAGGACAAAAAUGCCCCCAGCAUGCCACUCACUUCAUCGGCAUAACCGAUAGAUGCUACGUGUUCGUCACCGCCUCUAUCGGCCAAUAUCUAUCUUCCAUUUGUUCCUCCACCUCUUCCCCGCUUCGAUCUCUUCUCCACUUUCUUUCUUCUCGAUGUCUCCUCCACCGACUCACUUUCCCUAAAAGCUUUCUCUCCCUCUCAGAUUAA